GCCUUCGUCAAGAGCCCGAGCCUCCUUGGCUCUCUUUAUUACGUGAAAUAUAAAAAAUUAAUUUACUAAAGGGCUCGAUUUAUUUUAUUUAAUAAAAUAAAUCUUAAGAUAAUAACCCAGCAUUUAAAUAAUUAAAUAAAAGAAUACAAUUGAUGAAAAAAUAUAUAUAAAAUUUAAAAUCACAAUAUAAGUAAACCAAAGUGUACAGAAGAUUUAAAUUUAUUUUUAACUGUCUAUUUUAAUUUUAUUAAUAAUUUUAUUGUGUCAUUACUUUGACAAUCGCUCGCUAAUUUUUAAUGCCGCUAAUACUGUUUUGUGGACGAUGAUGUUAAGACAAUGUGCAACUUAUCAAUGGGGCUCAUGAGGCUUAAUUUAGGCCUCCCCCACGCCCUGGUAGCUUGUAGAGAAUGCACAAGCUGAUGCACAAGGGCUUAAAGAAGAAGAAGAAAUCGAAGAAAGGAAAGAAAGGUGCCGAGGAGGAAGAGUUUGAUCCCGAGGAGCUCGAACGUUACAGGCGAGAACGGGCGGAAGCCCUUGAAAAAGCAGCCGCCGAAGGUUCAACAGCAGCCGCCGGUUCCGACGAGUGGCAAAAAUUUCAAGCUCUGACUGCUGGUGUCGAUUCGAUACUAAAGAAAACCCAGGGUGACUUAGAUCGCAUUAAAUCGACGUCUUUUUUUCAACGCAAGGCGCCGGUCGUUGAGGAAAAAAAACCGGAAGUUGAUCCGGAACUUGAAAAGGAACGGGCUAAACGCUUCAUUGGUUUUGAUAAGGACGGAAAUCCUAUUGAACAGGUCGCUGAUAAAGAGGAGGGUAAAAAGAAAGAAUUAACUGUCACUGAAAAGGGUUUCGUUGAGAUACCAGAUGAUGAUGACGAAGAUGAAAUCUCGGGAGAUGAAGAUAUUUUUGAUACAACGUACAUCGAUGUUCUGCAGAAUACCGAAAUCCAAUUAGCUUACAUACCAGACAGUCCGACUGAAGAAGAAGCUGGUGAUGAUCCAUUUGAUACGACAAAUGCUGACAAAGUUCUAAAGACUGUUGACAAACACGGGAAAAAAGUUGUUAGUCUUGGUAACGCUGUUGAAGUACUUUCCGGUCGUGUUGAUCAAGCCAGCGCUUGUAAAAUAUCAAGACCACGUAAAGUAAGAGUGCAAAAUUUAUUACUCGACGACGCUGAGGUAAGCGAACCAGUUCCUAGUGAUGCUGGGGAACCUGGAGAGAUUGUAAGUGAACCGAUUCAAGUUGAAAGAACUUUGCUUGAUGACGAUUCAGAUCUUCCGGAUAUACCUAUCGAUUUAACAAACUUACCGUCUAUUUUACCGAGACCUGUAACGCCCGAAGUUAACGCGGGUGAGGGUGAUAAGUUACUAGAAGGCCCUAUAGAUAUAUCGGAGUUUGAAGUCCUAAAGGAGAAGACUAUUCUCGAAGAGAUUCCUGAUUUAGAUGACGAUUUUGAUCUCGAUGGACCGGUUGAGGCACCGGCUAGUUUAAUUGAGGCCGAUGACCCAUUUGCUGAAAAAGAACCAGAGGCAAUUCAUGUUGAAGCUGAAAUAAUCGAAGCGAGCUUUGAAGUUGCAACUUUUGUUAACGAGGAAGAUCCCUUUGAUACGACAUUUGCUGAUAAUUUAGUACCUGGUAAAACAGAGUUAAGAUUUAUUGAAAAGGAGCUUGAAGAUUUACCAGAAUCAGAGGUUACUAUUUCGUUAACUGAUCCGUCAGGUCUUCAUCGCGAUUACGAGACUGGUUUAUUGAGUAAAAGAACAAACAAAUCAUUGGCAGCGACAACUGAUUUACUCGGCGGUUCUUCGACAGAUUUGACUCAACUUACUGAGCAGCCUAUUGCUCCCGCUGAAGAAUUUACUUACGCUGAUCCAUUUGAUACCUCGGGUAUCCAAGAACCGGCUCCUGGACACGUCGAGUUAAAAUUCCUAGAAAAAGAACUUUUGGGAGAUAAAAAUAAAUCCGUCGACAGUCUCGACGACGACGACUUUGAUCCGCGUAAAGAAGAGACAGUUGUUAAGAAACCAGCAGCUGGGCCACCCCCACGUCCUCCAGCCUUUCAUCCCCAAGUUUCAAACGUAAAAGUAUCAGCAGUUAAUUUUGAAUCUGAAGAGGUAGCUGCGGUUGCUGCUAAUCAAAUACGCAAGCCUUCAAGACCAGAAAUAUUGGGUCUAGCUCCGGUUAAAAGUGUUUCCUUUGAAUUACCGACUCCAUCUCAGCGCCCAGACUUGUUGAUUACCAGUGACGAGGAAAAAUCAAUACAUUCUAAGCCACUGACACCGUAUUAUACACAAAAAUCAAUUGAUGAAAUUGCUCAUGAAGAAAUAUUGCCCGAUGAGGAGGGCAAUGUUGAUUUAGAUCCAUUCGACACAAGCUUCGUUGCCAAAGUAACUCCUGGUAAAACAGAGCUUAAAUUAAUAGAAUCAGAGCUCUUGCAAAAACAGGAGACUAAAUUAACUCACAGCACCAGCGAACACGACUUUAAUCCACGGGAAGCUGGAAAAGUGUCAGCUGGUAGAAGACAAAGUGACUUUGGUGGCACUUCAGUGAGACCUAAGAGUCUUAAAUUUGGUCAGGUUACUGAGUCGCUAUUGGAAGACGGUACUGAGGUUAAAAGUGUUUAUGAAAUAAACGAAGCGGCGCAUCGCAAAAAACCUGAUCAACCCAAACGUCAAGAGAGUUUAUUGGACGCUGAAGUUGAUGUCAAUACCAAAGCUCUGACACCGACUAUUGAAAGCAAAGUAUCUGAGGAAGACGAAGAAGAAAUAUCUUAUGUUGAUCCUUUUGAUACGUCAAUAGCAAGUAAUAUUCUGCCAGGUAAAGCUGAAUUGAAAUUACUUGAAAGUGAGUUAAGUAAAAUACCAAAUCAAGUUCAGCAAAUUAAAAUAAAUCCAAUUAGUGCUGAUAAACUUUCACGAGCACCGCAAUCAGCCACACUUGUAACUGAGGACGACGACUUUGAUCCACGUGCUGGUGAAGUUAAAGUAUCACAAGAUUUCUUGUCAUCUGACGUACAAGAGUCUGGUGAUAAAGUUCUUACUCCUGUAUUAAGUGAAGACUUUGAAGACGAGAGUAUUGAUCCAUUUGACACAAGUUUUGCUAGCAUUGGACCUGGCAAGACAGAACUCAGACUUUUGGAAUCUGAAUUAGUUGAUAAAAAAAUGGAUUCCAAAGGCGGAAAUCCAUUUCUGAUGGAUGAUUAUCCAUCAGAACCAGUAUCACAACAGUCAAAUCCGUUUCUUCAAGACUUUGCUGCAGAAUCUGCAGAACCAGCACCAGCACCAACAGUCGGCAGUGACAAUCCAUUUUUUAAUUUCACCGCCGAGCAAAGUUAUCAACCACCACAAGCUGACUCAACAAAUCCAUUUGCAUUUUUUGAAGCCCCUGCUACUGAAGUUCAACCGCAGGAAGAAUUCAUCCCAGCAACAACAGCCGCUGACGUACAGGAAGCAAAUCUUCUUGGUACAGAUACACAAAUAAAUCUAUUUACGGACCAAGUCCAGCCGGAUUAUCAACCACAAGAGCCAGCGGCAGUAGAUUUUAGUUCACCCCCAAAUGAAAAGGUCAAAGUUGAGCCGAGUAAUGAAAAACCCACGCCCAAACGUCCUCCACCUCCACCAAGACCUGGGCCACCCCCAGCACCACCACGAAAUACUAAAGAUUUAAUCCUUUCGGUGACUGACGCAAUGGAUGCUACUUCAAACCAUUUACUGGACCGGCUCCAAGCAACACGUACGCCCAGUCCUACACUGAUGCACUCACCCUCGCCCACGCCCGAGCACAGUUACGCUGAUUUCCUUGAUGUCGAUAACAACAUACCGGAUUUAAUGCCAGACGAUACUCAACCAACCAACGGUAAUCAAACGGAAAAUAUUCUCGAUAUAUUUGAUGGGCCUUCAGCUGAAAUAACCGCAGCUUCUAUUUUCUCAGCACCCAGCAUGGGUAUUGAUACCAGUAUUAGUCAACCUGCCACAGAUAUUUCGACAUUCACUACAACAAAUGCUAAUCUAAUGGCCGAGAAUCCAUUCGGUGAAGUAAAUGAACCCAGUGUCGUUGAUGUAGACGUUUCUUAUGGCUCUGAAGCUGCUGUACCUGAAGAUACUUUGGCAGAAAAGAGACAGUCAAUUGAUGUCGCGACUCCAUUUACUGACAUGACCACUGAAGAUCCAACAACUGUUCCCGUUUCAUCAGAAAUUGACGAAUCUCAAUCAAAUUUCUUUUCUGUAGGCCAAUCCACUGUAUCAGAUAUGACCAGCGCUCCUUUCUCAAGCACUCAGUCAGGUUUAUUUGGCACGGAACCACUUUUUACAACAGCUUCAACUGCUGAAACAACUCAAGUACCCACCAGUACAUCAACAAAUAUAUUCACAUCAGAUUUACUCGGUGGUUUUGGUCAACCAGCUGACACAGUAGAAGAACUAACAUCUUCGAGUCCUACACCGGCCUCAGAAUUUCCCGUUAUUGCCUAUAAACCCGAGGAGUUGGACAGUUUUGCGGCGGCAACUGAACCAAUUCAGAAUAACUCCGAUGCAUUUGAUGCAUUUGCUAGUAAAUUUGACAAAGCUGCUGAGCCUGAAGCUGGCGUUGAUCCAUUCAUGGACGCUUUUGGGUCCGGACAGACUGCCAUGGACACCUCGAGUGAUGUCUGGGGUGACUCGUCAGCAGCCGGUUCCGAGGGGGCUGCUAUCGGAUUCGGCGAAAGCGAAGGCUUUGAUUCUUUCCUAAGUAUGACUGCUCCACCUCAAGAAGCUGGGGCGAGGAUGAAACGUAACGAUUCCGCGGAUUCUGACGAGGCGCCCGAUUUCAGUGUUUUUAUAAAACCUAAAGAAGGCACUGAGGCAUUCACCGAAGGCGGUCCAGUGCCUGUUUUAGCUCCUCCGCCUAAAAGUCCAAUGAAUUCGGCUUUCACCGACACAUCCCCACGUUUCAAUCCCUUUGAUAAGUCUGCGGGUUUCGCUCAGGAAGCUGUUGUUCCUUCUGAAAUGCCCCAGGUUCCUGAAAUGACUCGUACUGAUUCCCAAGAAACUCCACCGACUCCAUUAUUUGAUGAAGAUGUAAGUCAACCACUUGAAGAUUUUCCCCGAGUAACUUAUACUGGCGACGGCUGGGAAAUGCACUUACGUCAACCGAAUAAAAAAAAAAUAACAGGCCAGCGUUUUUGGAAAAAAAUAUUUGUACGUUUAGUUUAUCAAGGCGAUGCACCUGUGCUUCAAUUAUUUAACAAAAGCGACGAUAAAGAUCCGUUUCAAGAGCUGCCAUUGCUCACAUGCUAUUCAGUAUCCGACAUAGCAGCCCAGCAGUUUGAUCAAUAUGGGAAAAUAUUUACCGUAAAACUUCAGUACAUAUUUUACAAAGAGCGACCGGGUGUCAGACCAGGGCAAGUUACUAAAGCCGAAAGACUUACGAAUAAAUUGAGCCAGUUUGCAGCGUAUGCUAUUCAGGGCGACUAUCAAGGUGUGAAAGAAUUCGGUAGCGAUUUAAAGAAACUUGGGCUUCCUGUUGAACACGCACCGCAAAUAUCACAGCUAUUUAAAUUAGGGUCACUAAACUAUGAGGAUCUUAAGAUGUUUUCUUGCGCUAUUGAAGAAGCGCUUUUUAGGAUACCCGCCCAACGCGAUCGCGCGUUGACUUACAAAAUGGAAGAGGUUCAAAUAAAUGUCGUUGAUGAAUUAUACGUCGAGCAGAGUGCCGCUGGUCAUGUGGAUAAACAAAUAGCGCGGGUGAGAUUAUUCUUCUUGGGUUUUCUUACCGGAAUGCCGGAUGUUGAAUUGGGGAUCAAUGACAUGUGGCGACAGGGUAAAGAAGUCGUUGGCAGACAUGAUAUUAUUCCGGUGGUUACCGAAGAAUGGAUCAGACUGGAAAGUGUUGAGUUCCACUCUUGUGUCCAGCCGGACGAGUAUGAAAAAUCUAGGAUUAUUAAGUUCAAACCACCCGAUGCAUGCUAUAUUGAACUAAUGAGAUUCCGGGUAAGGCCACCGAAGAAUCGAGAGUUGCCACUUCAGCUAAAAGCUGUAAUGUGUGUUACAGGAAAUAAGGUUGAAUUACGUGCGGACAUUUUGGUUCCGGGAUUCGCGUCGCGUAAACUUGGGCAGAUACCUUGCGAAGACGUGAUGGUACGAUUUCCGAUACCCGAGUGCUGGAUUUAUCUAUUUCGAGUGGAAAAACACUUCAGAUAUGGCUCAGUAAAGUCGGCUCAUAGGAGAACAGGAAAAAUAAAAGGUAUUGAGAGAUUUCUGGGUGCUGUUGAUACUCUCGAGCCUCAACUGAUGGAAGUAACAUCUGGGCAAGCGAAAUAUGAACAUCAGCAUCGAGCUAUUGUUUGGAGAAUGCCUCGAUUGCCUAAAGAAGGCCAAGGCGCAUAUACGACACAUGGACUUGUUUGUCGUAUGUGCUUGACAUCUUAUGAUCAGAUACCAGAAAAGUUGGCGGAAUAUGCGUAUGUUGAAUUUACGAUGCCUGCUACUCAAGUGUCACACACGACAGCAAGAAGUGUCAGUUUGCAAAAUAGUGACAGUGAUAAUCCGCCAGAAAAAUAUGUGAGAAAUCUCUCGAGACAUGAAUACAGGGUUGGCAUUGAACACACGCAGGGAGAAGGACCAGGUGCUUACGUAUCAGCGACUAAAAAAAUUCCCGAAAGUACUCCAGAGACUCAUGAAGAACCAGUUCACCCAGCGGCUGCUGAAUCUGACUCUGAUUCUUCAGAAUAAAUAUUACUUUAAGUUACUAGGUAUCAUAUAAUAAAUUAACAAAUUAUAUAUAUACAUAUAUAAAUAAAUAUAAUGAUAAUAAGUAAGGUAGAUAUCUAGGAUAAAAAGAAAUUAUUAUUUUUUCUCGUCAGUUUUAAUGCUUGAUAAUGUAACAAGUAAAAGUACCAAUUGCACACUCACUUAUUGUUAGUAAAUCAAUUAAUUAAUUAUUAAUGCAUAGGACAGUAAUAAUAUUAAAUUGAGUUGUGAAAAAAGUAAAAAAUUAGUCAGUAAAAAGAAGACAAUACACAGCUUUUUAUGUUUAUUUAUUAGGGUGUGAACUUACGAACUAUUCGAUUCGAAUUUUUUGAAUUAUUGGUGAGUUUUCGUAAAUUUUUUUUUAUAACUUAUUAAAAAUUGUUAUAUUUUUUCCAAUAAUUCAAAUUUUUGUCAGCGAUAAAUAGAGCGUAGACUCGAAUAUACGACAAAAUUAAUUUUGGUUACUUUAAAAACUAAGCUCUCUAUUAAAUAAAAAGUUGAAUAUUAGAAAGCUGAGUGAAAUUUUCUCCAUUUGAAUCGAGUGAUUUUAAAAGUUACAAAUAAUUCGAAAAGUUACGAAUAAUUCAAAAAUUCGAAUUUCGAAUCGAAGUUAUAUUCGAUUUGAUCCGAACGCGAUUCGCACACCCGUAUUAUUUAUAAAAAAAAUUAUUACCAGUGUUAAGUAUCAAUAAAUCGUAAUUUAAUUUUCAUAAAAGUUCAUCAGAAAUAAUUAAAAGGAAUUGAUUUUAACUUUUUAUUAUCAAUGUAAAUGCAUUUAAAAUUGAAUAAUCCGGCCGCAAUAAUUUUAAUUGUUUGCUAAAAAAAACAAAAAAUAUAUUUCUUUUCACUUGCGUAACAAAAAGUAUUAUAUUUAUUCAUAAUUGUAGUAAAUAUAAAUAUCAAUAAGUCAUAUCUUUGUUUUAAAUUAUGCAAAGUAUAUAUUAAAUGUUAUUUAAUUAAUUUUAUUGCUAUAUAUUGUUGCUUGGUAUGAAGUAAUGAGAAAUAAUUAUUUGAUAAGUAGUCAUAAAUUUAAGUAAUAUAUAAAUAAAUAAAUAUAUAUAUAUAUAUAUAUAUAUAUAAAUUAAACAUUAAUGAAUUAUUAAGAUAGACUGUAACGAAUUAAUAAUAAGUUUCAUUUUUUAAUAUUAUUUGACGCGUGUCACGUUACAAAGAUUCUUGAAAGAACCCCAGCUAAGACCAAAGAUGUGAAUUGAUGAUAAGAAUUCAUUGUGUAAUAAAUACAUAAUGUAAUUAUAUUAGUAUAAAUAUUAUUGCAUUUAUUUGGUGCUGUUUAAGUAAUCAAAUAUAUUGUUGUUAAUUAUUAUAUUAUAUUAUAUAUUAAAUGUCAAAGUAUUAUAUUAAUUAAGAUAUUUAUAAAAUAAUCAUUAAUGUAAUUAAACUACAAGUCAUUAGUAUAUAAGUUUCAGUUACAUUAUUUUUUUUUUAACACUUUUAUGUCCUCACUGAGGUCUCGGAGAGUGAACUCUAGUCAACCGUAAUUAUAAUUAAUAUUAAGUAAUAUAAUGUAUAGAGUUAAUAUAUAAUUUUUUUUUAAUGCUUAAAAGUUACUCUAUCAAAAAAAUCCAUGUGAAAUUGCAUGGGAACCCAUAGGAAUUCAUGUAGGAGUGUAUGGAUUUAUAUGAGAAUCCAUGUAGGGAUCCACAGGUAUCUAGAUCUCCGUAUGGGAACUUCACAUAGGAAACUGGGUAUUUAGAUUCCAUAUAGAAACUAGGAUAGAUGGAUUUCUUAGUAGGAAAUUCAUAAAGAAAUCUGGAUUUCUAUAUAAGCAAUUUCUAUAGAAUUUAGGGUCUAUCGUUUAUAUUGAUACGCGCAUGUGAAUAAAAGAACAGAUUGAUAUUCUAUUGGCAGAUAUUUUUUUUUUCAUCAAUUUGUUUGUAUCAAUAACGUGACGCUUUUUGUUAAUUUUUCUAAUUCCUAAUCCAUACAAGAUUCCCAUAUGGAUUUUGACAUGAUACAGAUUCCCAUGGGAAAUCAUUGUAAAAAUCCAUAUUAGAUUCCCAUAUAGAUUUGCCAUGGUAUGGAUUUUCAUAGGAACCCAUGUGAGAAUCUAUACCGGGAUCUAUACUGGAUUCCUAUAAGAAACCAUAGGCUGGAUUCCCACAUGGUUUUUUUUUAUAGGGAACUGUGCAAUUAAUUACAAGAAAUGAAAUGAAAUGAGCUUUUAUGUUAAGAAAAAAAAAAGAUACUUGACUCUGGUAAUUAAAUUAUUUAUAAAAAAUUGGGCUUAAAUAAGUGAGUGAUUUAUUUGAAAAUAAAAUGCUUGUUAAAUAAAAAUAAAAAAAAAUGAUUUUUGAAACUCGCUGCCAUGACGGUGACGUUUUCAGCUCGUGAUCUCAAUAUGUAAUCGUACGUGAGAACAAAACCGCGUUGUAUAGUUAAGAUAAAUUUAUUAAAUUAAAUUGCAUGAAUAGAAUUAUUUAUUAGAAUAUAAAUAUAUAUAUAUAUAUACAUGAAUUAUUGAUAUUUAUGUUUAUUAAAAUAAAUAUAAAACAACAAACAACAAUCGAAGAUAAAAAAUAUAAAAGGUGUUCUUAUAAAAGUCUUCUGAUUAAAAUAUGAUACAUGUAUAUUUAAAUAUUUAAAAUGAUAAUAUAAAUUAUUAUUACUAUUAUGAUUAUGAUAAAUAAUUAUUCAAGUGUACGAAGAGUCUACCGAUUGUUGUUAUUCAUAUUAGACAUCGACGUAAUUAUAUAAUUGCAAUAAUAUUAUAAAAAUAAAAUAUAUCAUGCAAUAUAUAUACAUAUAUAUAUAUAUUUUUUCUUUGCUGUAAUAAAUUUGAAUGGAAAUUUAAAUAUUCAAUUAAAAUAUGUAUACAGAUAAAAUUAAUUUAACAAGUAAAUGUAUGUAAUAUAAAUAUACAAGUAAUUAUAGUAUUUAUCCGAUAAAAAUAAAUAAAAUCCAACGGUGAAGUUUCAAUAACAAAAGUUACCACUCGUAGCUUCUUGUAAGAAUGUUUUAAUAGUUAAUUAAUUAAUUAAUUAAUACAAAUGUUUUGGUUUACUUUUUUUUUAAUUUUAAAUGACGAAUUGAAGUGCAGACACGGCAAUUUUUCGCCGGAAGACAACAAUUUAUUUUAAAAAUUAAAAUUACCAGUUCUGAAAUUAGUAAUUAAAAUACAUAAAUCACAUAUGUGCGAAAUAAAUGUAAACAAGUAAAUAAAAAAUAAUAAAUUGUUGAGAUAAGUAAAAAAAAUAUAAAUUUAAAUAAAAAAUUGUAGAGUGUGAGUGUAAAAAAUGUACUAAUUAUUUGUUGCAUUUUUUUUUGGAAUUUAAAUCUGAGUGAGUUUGAAAAUGUUUGAAAAAAAAAAAACUGGAAAAUUAUUGUUUAGCUUACGAUUGAAAAGUCAUGUAUUUAUGAACAAUAUGAAGUUGUUUAAGCAAUUAAAUUGUUUUAUUUAUUUGACUUAAUGAUAAAACGAAA